AUGGCGCUUAGCUUUUUCACCCGAAAUUCCUUUGAAGGAGAGAGUAGUACGUCUAAAAUAAUCCACAUGCUGAAUCUAGAUGACUUAUCAGUGUUGUUUGCAAUUUUCUUGUUUAAUGUACACAUACAUACAGUGGAUUCACAAGAACCGUGCAGUUCUCCAGAUCCUUACAUUGCUGGAAGUAUUUUAGAGUCCAAUUUUGGUUCUUUUGACCCAAAUUCUGCUCUCUAUACGACAGACACAACGAUAGAAGGAAUAAAUCAGGGGACUCAGACAGCGUCAGGAGUCAGCAUAACCAUUGUUAGAUCAGUAGCCACUCCUGUUGAUCUUAACUUGUAUAGUCUAUUUGAACUAGUAACUUUAUCAGUGAAUAACUCAUCCUUUGGAAGUAGGACUUUUAUCCGUUUGAAGUCCGCAAUUGAUAGAGAUAAAGACCCAAAUAAAACAAAGUUUUUUCUGAUGCAGCUGGAGAUUCGGGAUAUAAAUGAUAAUUCACCUAUAUUUAGAGAUGCUCCAUAUUCUGCCUUGGUCGCUGAGUCAGCACCAGUAGGAACAACUGUGUUUUCUGGGAUAACAGCUACAGAUCGCGAUGCUGGAAUCAACAGAGAAAUAGAGUAUGCCAUAGCUCCGGAAAAUAACAGUAUUGCACCAGACGAGUUUAGUGCUGUAUUGGGCAAAUAUGCUCAGAACUAUUUUUACAUGGACCCAGAAUCUGGCAUAAUUUUUCUCAAGCAUUCAAUUGAAGGAAUAGGAAUCCAACAAUUUAUAUUCAAGGUGACUGCAGCGGACGGGGGUACACCAUCAAUGAUUGGAGAAGCUACAGUGACUAUCAACGUAACAAAUGAGACUCUAAGAUUUACACAGUUGCAACCUUACUUUGCCAGCAUUGACGAAAAUUAUCCUGUGGAUCGUACUUUCAUUUCUGUAACUGCAACUCCUCAGCCAGAUAUCAAAUAUUCGAUCAUUGGGUUUAGUGAUAGUCCAGAUUACUUCAAAAUUGACGAGACAACUGGUGCUAUUUCUAUAAAAACUGACCUCCGGACUGAUUGUUUUAAAAGAACAACAUAUUUGAUAUUAGUGAGAGCGGAGAAGCAGUUCCCUAAUGGACUGCAGUCAGUAGAAAACACAGUAAAUGUGACAGUGGCCAGAAACAUCAAUCCUCCAGUAUUUAAUGCCACAGUGUACAGAGCAAGUAUUGAUGAGAAGUACAACUUAGGACGGUCUGUCGUACAAGUGUUUGCUACCGACCUCGAUACUCAGGAUGUGCUCUUAUACUCUAUUAUUGAACAAACUGGGGAGACGGAACCAUUUUACAUGGCUGCUAACACAGGAAUCAUAAACCUAAAUCAGCUUCUUUCUGGCUCAUCCAAAACAACAUACACAUUCACUGUGCGAGUUCGUGAUCAGUCCAAACCAGAGAAAUUUGGACAGUCCCAGGUGGAGAUCACAGUAAGAAGAAACACUAGCCCUCCAUCGUUUCUUAGACCGCAGUAUGGAGCAGGCAUUGAUUUUAACCAGGCUCCGGGACAAGUGCUAACUACCUCAGCAGUUGAUCCAGAUAUGUCUGGCACGCUUGUGUAUGAAGUAACUGGAUUUUUCUCAGCUCCAGGAUAUUUCAGUGUGAAUUCCUACGGAGAAAUUAAUCUAAUUGUUAAUUUAGCCAGUGACACUGCAACAUCCUACACCCUUGGCCUGUCAGCUUAUGACAGUGACUAUCCAAAUGACAAGGCUUAUGCUAAUGUCACCAUCACCGUCAACCGUAAUCCUAAUGCACCAAGCUUCACCAGCCCCUCCUACAGUAAAACCAUUAAUGAAAGUUAUCCACUGGCCGUCAGUUUGGUGCAGAUAAAUGGGUGGGACGCAGAUAAGCAUGCUAUUGAGUACAGACUGGAAUCCAGCGAUCCUGUAGAAGGCACCAAUUUUUUCUACUUGAAUCCAGCCACUGGACUUUUGAUUGUCUCCAGACCACUCACUGAGACCAUUACACGGGCCUUCACUCUUCAAGUUCGUUUGAGAGACAACGGUAUUCCACCAAGAUCUUCAACAGUUGCUGCUCCUGUAACAAUAAAAGUUACAAGGAAUGACCAUGCUCCGAGUUUUGCUGGGCCUUUUGUAACUAGUAUUGCUGAAACAGCGGCUAUUAAUGUGUACGUUCUAAUAGUUACUGCAACAGAUGGAGAUUCAAACAUAUCGCCAUAUGGACAACUAAGAUAUAAAUUAAUAGGAGAUGGGGAUUUCCAGCAAUUCUUCAGUAUUAAUGCAAACAAUGGAUAUAUCAAACUUCAGCGGUCGUUGACCUUACAAGAUGUGAACUCCUAUCAGGGUCGCAUUGUGGCGGAGGACGGAGGUUCUCCUGCACGAUCAGCCACCACCAUAGUAACCAUCAACAUCCGAAGAAAUCUUAAUCCUCCAGUAUUUAGCCAAAGGGAUUAUAACGUCAGUGUAUCUCAGAUUACACCAGUUGGAGUGAAUGUUAUUGCUGUCACCGCCACGGAUGCUGAUCUGAAUAAGCCAAAUAAUGAAAUCGCAUACGAAAUGACAGAUACCACACCAAAUCUGAAUGGAGCUGGUUUGAACUUCUUCGGCAUAAGAUCUGAGAAAAACAGAGGCAUAAUAUACAUUGUUCUGCCCUUGUAUACUGACAAUCAAGACACACCGGUGUACACGUUUUCCGUUUUGGCUCUUGACCAAGGAAAUCCCCAAAUGGUGGAUCGAGCUACAGUGCGAAUCUUUGUGAACAGAAACUUAUUUCCACCUGUCUUCCAAGGAACACCUUGCAAUGCUACUCUGAAUUUCAACAGCACCAGAGGUAGAAAAACUCCAGCCAAUGAACCACAUGUUAUCGAAACAGAAGGAACUGAGGGACCAGCGAACCAGAGGUCUGGUAAUCCAGUAAAUCCCUGA